CGGUGCGUCUGGAAAAAUAAUAUCUGUGAUUUUCAGUUCUUUUGUUAGUUUUUCGUUUCCAUGUUGAAGAAUACUUUCUUGAUUAGCGUAAUGAAUGAAUGAAAUAUGGUCAAUCUACAAAAUCUUUUUCAAGACUUCAAUCCAAGCAAAUUUGUCAUAUUUGCCUGCCUACUGAUUUUCUCCCUGCUGUUCUCUCUUCGCCUUGACAACACGAUACAAUGGAGUUACUGGGUUGUGUUCACCCCAAUUUGGAUUUGGAAGUUCUUGGUCAUAUCUGGGUCCAUUGUUGGAAGUUACGUUUGGUUCCGAUAUCCACGAUACAGGCUGGAAGGUGACAGUUUUGUACAAUACAAAGCCAUGGUCAUUACCACAAGUCUUCACCUGAUGUUACUUGUUUUCGACAUUCUUGCGUGUGACAACCUACAAACAGAGGCACACUCGUGGAUGUUUGUAUUUAUCCCACUCAUGUUUAUGUCCAUUGUGGCCAUUGGCUUCUGCGUCUGGGCUAUCAAGAAUGAGAGGUCUUUUGAGCUGGAGUUGUUUUGCUCUGUGAACAUUCUACAAUUCAUAUUCCUUGCUCUGAGACUGGACAAUGUCAUUCAGUGGAGCUGGGUGAUUGUGUUUAUACCAAUAUGGAUAGUGAUGUGCAUAUCAAUGAUCGGAGUGAUCUAUGCCAUAAUUCUGGCCAUUCUCCUGUCACGAUCCCCCGAAAUCAUCCGAGAUCAGCGACGCGGAAAUCUCACCAUGGCCAUUGGAUACUCACUCCUAGUCAUUCCCAUGCUUAUAUUUGAGGUGUUGCUGGCCAACCGUCUUGAUGGAGACAACCAUUUCAAGUACUCUGCCAUCACAGUGCCACUGUUUAUCAGUCUCUUUACACUCACAUUAUUGUCAUUUGGAGCAAAGGGGGGAAACCACUGGUGGUUUGGAAUAAGAAAAGACUUCUGCCAGUUUUUACUGAGGCUGUGUCCCUGUCUGCAGGAAUAUGGGAACAUUUCCUACACAUCGCCCCAGUCUAGUUCAGACUCUGUCAACACCCCGGAGGAUUCUGCCACGCCCACAAAACAGAAACUCAAAAAGGUUCCCAUAGAGGAUCAACAGAAGGUGGUCAUGCCAAUAGUUUCUAUUGAUAUGCCUGACUGAAAGUGACACAAAUUAAAAAUAUAUAGUGACAUUGAAAUUGUGAUUUACAUCAAAAUGAAUCAUAGCCAAAGAUUAACAAAAAAGGUGAACAUAAAAGUUCAUUCCUUAUUAUUCCUCAUGAUUCAUCAACAGAGUAUCAUACUUAAUAUCAUUUUGAUGAUAUCACUUUACCCAUGAAAACAAUCAAAUGGCCAUGGAACAGAAGUGUAAAUAGAUAAUAUGUGUUUGUUCCAGUGUAAGAUCGUAUUUGUUUCACGAGUGUCAUAGAAAAACAUAUGUUCACGAGUAGUGAAUUAAGAAGUGAACAUGCAGUUUUUAUUUGAUCACGAGUAAGGUGCUCAGUUUUGGUUAAAGGGAGGUAACUACAAUUAGUAUUUUCAAUGCUGUUGUUUCACUCCAUAUUUCAUCGAACAACAUAAAAUAAAUUUGUAUAUUGUUAUAGCCGUAUGUAUUAACGUGAGCAUCUUCAUAUUUUGAAGUUGAUAAAUGUCUUAGUUCAUCAUUUAGUUUUCUUUUCUUAUUUAUCCUCAAUUAUAGAACAAAAUCAUUUUCAGUACAAAACAAUGAUCAGCAAUGAAUAACAUAUCAUAUGUUUUGAUAUGCAUAAUCCGGGACGGUUUAUAUUGCUUACAGGCAUAAUGUAUUUUAUGCUUUUAUAAUUAUGAAAAUAAUUAUAAAUACUUGUAUGAACAACACCUACGAACCUUAUCAUACCCGGUCUCAGAAUAUUGUGUUAACAGUGUACAAGAAAUCUCUCAUUUAAGUUGCAUAUCAGUGAUUUAUCUUCUAAAGGCAAAAAGGUGACAUUUUUUCCCCUAAAAUUCAAAAUAUUAUAAUAUUUAUUUGGCAUGUUUGAUAUUUUUCUAAAGACUGAAGGUUUUCCCAUUUUGGUAGCACAGGUGAUUGAAUAGUGUUUUUUUAAAGUAGGUUUUGCCAACCUAGUCAAAAAUGACAUAGGAUGGGAUGUUUUGUCCGCGGGACACCCGUAAAAUUAGAGCAGAAUCUAUACAUAUAUGUUAUUAUUUUUAUUGAAACACAGUUAACGCCAAAAUACACCAGUUUACGGGGUUUCACCUUGUAAUUUAAGAUAUUAAGCCUUACGAUUGAAAACGGCACCCUAGACCCAAUCUCUUGAUAGUUCUUAAGAGUAAAGAUCUUAAGUUGCUUAUUUCAUUUAGCCAAAUUUCUUACUUAAUCUUCAUGUUACUUAAUAAAAUUUAGUUUUAAUGAUUGUAUAUAUAACUUUUAUGUAUGUGAUGUUUAAUAAAUGACAAACAAAAGUUUGCGAACUUUC